CGGAUUCUGCGGUUGCACAACUGUUAGCUGCGCCUGGGCAAGUCCAAGGGGGAACCCUGCAACCUCCGCCCCCUACCCUUUCUGACCCACCAGGACCCGAGCAGUUCCCGGGCAGGGGAGGGUCACCCGGGCACGAUCGGGGCGGAGGGCGUCCAGCUCGGAGCCCGGGACAGCUUCGGAGGGGGCCGCAGCCUGCAGCGGGCAGGAAGGGGAGGGCCCAGCGGGCGCCGGCCGCGGGGCGCGGGCUCAGGCUGGGUCGGAAAAGCUGCCUCACCAUGUCAGUGAAAAGACCAGUGGAUCAGCACCCAAAUCAGGAGAAAAGAAAGAAGCAGAUGAGAAGAAAGCAGCAAGCCUCGGGAGCAGUCAACCCUCCAGAGCCCACGGUAGUGGAACAGCCCAGGUGACCAAGAUGUCAGCCUCUGGAGCAACCAACCAGCCUUCCAGUAUGAAUCCCACAGAAACUAAGGCACCUCCAGCCAGCAAACAGAUGGAAGGACCACAACCUCCUAACAGGAAAAGACACAAAAAACAGGCUGUAAAAACCGAACCUGAGAAAUCACAGUCAACUAAGCUAUCUGUGGUUCAUGAGAAAAAGUCCCAAGAAGAAAAGCCAAAGGAACAUGCAGAGCCAAAAAGCCUACCCCAGCAUGCAUCAGAUGUACAAAGCAAGCCUGCUCAUGGUGAAAAAGCAGCUUCCAGAUCAAAGGAACAGCUGACAUCAGAGAAGUCAGCGGAAGCAAAGACUAAAUCACCAGCCACUGUUUCUAUGGGUAAAGAGAGUGCUGCUGCUGGUGUGACUGCAACUUCUGGCAAACCAGAUGACAAGAAAAAAGAAAAGAAAUCAUUAACUCCAGCUGCACCAGUUGAAUCCAAACCAGAUAAACCAUCUGAAAAGUCAGGAAUUGAUGCUGCUUUGGAUGACCUAAUAGACACAUUAGGAGAACCUGAAGAAACUAAUGAAGAUAACACAGUAUAUACUGGGCCAGAAAUUUCGGAUCCAAUGUAUUCCACCUACCUUGAGGAACUAGGUAAAAGAGAGAUCACCAUUCCUCCAAAAUAUAGGGAACUUUUGGCUAAAAAAGUCAUCAAAGGGCCUCCUCCAGACUCAUCGAAACCCAUGGGGCCUGAUGAUGCUAUAGAUGCUUUGUCAUCUGACUUUACCUGCAGUUCUCCUACUGCUGGUGGAGAGAAAACUGACAAACAGAAAUCUACAGGAGAAGUUUUAAAAGCUCAGUCAGCUGGGGUAAUGAGAAGUGCUGCUCCGCCCCAGGAGAAGAAAAGAAAAGUAGAGGAGGAUGCUAUGACCGAUCAAGCAGUUGAUGCUCUGUCAGCUUCACUGGGCACCCGGGAACCAGAACCUGAGCUCGACCUCAGCUCUAUUAAGGAAGUUGAUGAGGCAAAAGCUAAAGAAGAAAGACUAAAGAAGUGUGGUGAGGAUGAGGAAACAGUGCCAUCCGAGUACAGGCUAAAACCAGCCACGGAUAAAGACGGAAAACCACUAUUGCCAGAGCCUGAAGAAAAACCUAAGCCCCGGAGUGAAUCAGAACUCAUUGAUGAACUUUCAGAAGAUUUUGACCUGGCUAAAUGUAAAGAAAAACAAUCUAAGCCAACUGAAAAAACAGAAAAAUCUAAGGCUGCUGCCUCCGCUCCCGUGGCAGAGGUGGUGUCUUCCUCCUCCAUGUGUAGUAUACAGGCAGCGCCGGCCAAGCCAGCUUCCUCGGCGACCAAGCCAGCUUCCUCGGCAGCCAAGCCAGCUUCCUCGGCGGCCAAGCCAGCUUCCUCGGCGGCCAAGCCAGCUUCCUCGGCGGCCAAGCCAGCUUCCUCGGCGGCCAAGCCAGCUUCCUCGAAGAGCACAGUGCCAGAGGAUGCUGUAGAGGCUUUGGCUGGUAGCCUGGGGAAAAAGGAAGCAGAUCCAGAAGAGGGAAAACCUGUGAUGGAUAAAAUCAAGGAGAAAGCCAAAGAAGAAGACCGUGAAAAACUUGGUGAAAAAGAAGAAACAAUUCCACCUGAGUAUAGAUUAGAAGAAGUCAAGGAUAAAGAUGGAAAACCACUCCUGCCAAAAGAAGCCAAGGAACCACUUCCACCCAUGAGUGAUGACUUCCUUCUUGACGCGUUGUCUCAGGACUUCUCCAGUGCUGCAGAUACCUCAUCUCUUAAAUUCGACGAUGCUAAACUUUCUGCUGCCAUCUCUGAAGUGGUUUCCCAAACCCCGGCUUCAAGCACCCACUUGGCAGGGCCGCCCCCAGACACUGCGAAGAGGGACAAAGAACUCGAUGAUGCUUUGGAUAAACUCUCUGACAGUCUUGGGCAAAGGCAGCCUGACCCAGACGAGAACAAACCGAUGGAGGAUAAAGUAAAGGAAAAAGCUAAGGCUGAACACAGAGACAAGCUGGGGGAAAGAGAUGACACUAUCCCACCCGAAUACAGACACCUCCUGGACAGUGAUGGGAAGAAACAACCAGCAAAGCCACCUACAGAGAAAUCAAAAGAAUCAAAGAAGCCUUCAGAUGACAAAGACCCCAUUGAUGUCCUCUCAGGAGAUCUGGACAGCUGUCCCUCCACGGCAGAAACCUCACAGAACACAACAAAGGACAAGAGCAAGAAGGGUGCUUCUGGUUCGAAGGCACCCAAGAAUGGAAAUAAAGCAAAGGAUUCGGCAAAGAAAACGGAGGAAGGUCCCAAGCCAAAAGAUGAUGAAAAAAGCACAAAAAGAGAUGAUGAUAAAAAAACAAGAUAAAGUUUACAUUAUCUGGUAUCUGCACAUAAAAUCUUCAGCUGGUGGAUGGUGACUUUUGAAAAGCAAAAGGCAUUGGCAACAGAAAAGUUUCCUGGGUGGCUUCCAAACAGUGAUACUUGUUAAGGGUUUUGACAUCAAAAACGUUGGUUUGUUGUUCUUUUCCAGAAGGAAAAUGAAUUUGUCUGGUUCACCUGUGCUACUGUAUUGAGUAUUGAUGAACUGAAUUUUUAAAAAUUGCCUUCAGUUGGAAAAGGAAGCUUUAUAUUUGUAAGAAAUAUAUUUGAUAGUUUACUAAAGCAACACCAAAAAAAUAGAAAAACAUUGCAAACUUUUGCACAUUCUACACACAGUGCCUAUAAAUCUCAUUAGUAUUUUCAGAUUGCACUUUUUUUUGUUGUUUUUUUUUUUAGCUUUUGGAAAACAGUGCUCUAAACAUUUGUCAAUGUUCUGGUUUCUUAUUACCCCCUUUCCUCUUGAGCUUUUGAAGUAUAUCUGAUGUUUCUUCGGGUUUAUGUUUAUAAUUCAAAUAUAAGAUACUGUACAUUCGGCACAUAUCUCCUCUUGGGCUGCUAAUAAUAAAUGAAUAACAGAUGACCUGGACAAACCAGGAAGCAACAAUCUCCUUUUUAGUUUGCAUUCUUCUUUGCCAGGGGUGAGCACUUCUGCGUACUCAAACAAAACACACUCAGACUGGAACAAGUCCCAAGAAAAGCAAAAUGAUAGGCCAGGUAAUGUGGCAAGUUUCAUAAAUGAGAAAAUUUAAUCCUUUGGAUAUGCAUAUGUCUUGAACUCUGUUUGUUUACCAUGGUAUUAAAUGCCGUUUUCUAUUCUCUACGUAAAACCUGAACAGCAGUCAUUUGCUUGGAGCCAUCUCCCAUAUUAGUCUUUGCACUGUUUAUCUGAUUUUAUGGAAGUUAAGUUUACCAUAUAUAUAUAUAGAGAGAGAGAGAGAGAGAGACAGAGUAUAUAUACCAUAUAUGGUAUGUAUAUAUAUAUAUAUAUAUAAAAUCUGCUUCCCCUCACCUCGAAGCUUAAGAACUAGUCUCUGAUAGCCAAGAGCUCCUAAGGGCUUUUCCAAUCUUUAUGAAUAAAUAGUUUAUGAGCAUUGUACUGGUAUCAUUGAUGCGAUUUUGAUAAAUAAUUAAUUUCAUCUUUACUUCCUGGCAGCGAAUGUGGGAAAAGAUGUGAGGUACACAUGAUAAGAGAAUCAAAAUUUCUUGUUUCUAGAGAGCACAGCCCUCCUUAGUAGCAAUUUACAGCCUUUGUUAGGCCUUCGAUAACUUCAGUAAACUUAAUAUCACCAGUACUGUCUAACGGAAGCAAGCGAAAAUAGUAACACCGCUCAUAACAGAUACCAGCGUUCGCUGAUACUCCCUAAAACUACUCUCUACAGCUCAGUACAAACAGAGGAGACUUCACACACCACCUUGUUAAGUCUCUAUCCCAUUCAAGAAACAGUUAUUACAUUAUUGUCAAAGCUCUCAUAAGAAGAAAAACACUCUUCCUGAGGAAUUUUAAUUAUGUACUUAAUCUUUCUAUUCGAGUAGUAUAGUUAUUCCCUUUUUUUAAUUUAAAAAAGAAAAAAAGACUGAAACCUUUAACACUGACAGAUGUGUUUACAAGAGUAAGGUUGCGGGAGUACUAAUUUCCAUGCACAGAGAAAAGGAUUUUUAAAUGACAUACUAGACUCCAGAGAGUUGAGAACACCUGUAAGUGUUUAAGGUGUAUCAAUAUGCCUUCCUUAUUUUAUUAAAAAUAUCUUCAAGAUGGCCGUUUGCUAGUAACUCCUGGUAACUGAAGUAAGCUAUAGGAUCUAAAGUAGUCCUUUUACUCUUGUCCAAAAGUAAGGAGAAAAUAAUUGCAAAUACCUGCUUAAAAGUAAACAAUUGUUUAUUACCAAAAUGGUUUCUGCACGUUGUGUUGGCAAGAUUACCUCUGUGUAGAAAUGGGCUUUUCAAAAGUAAUGAAGAUAGACUCCUCAGGUGACCCAAACUGAAAGUCAGUAUUUUUGUUUCACUAAUCAAGAUACAAAAUACAAUUAAAGCAAAGUAUUUUACAUUAAAA